CCGGCCCGGCCCGGCUCAACUCAGAAUGAGGCCGUGCUGGUCCGAAGCAUCCGAGGCCCGAAGCGAGCGAUGGCGAGACAGGACGCCGUCAGAUGCGUGCGCCUUUUCCUCUACGCGCUCAACGUGCUCUUCUGGCUGAUGUCGGCUUGCAUUCUGGGAAUGGCGGCGUGGAUGCGAGAUUCCCUGAACGCCGUCCUGACUCUGACGGCCCACACCAGGUCGGCACGCACACGCAACAACGCGACGGCGACAACAAAACUCAUGCUGGAGGAGGCUGCCGUGCUGACCUUUGCCCCCGUGGUCCACCCGGUCCUGGUGGCGGUGUGCUGCUUCCUGCUGAUGGUGGCCACGUUGGGCGUGUGCGGCACGCUGCGCUGCGACCUGGUGAUGCUGUCCUCAUACUUCGGAAGUCUGUUGGUCAUCUUGUGCGUGGAGUUGGCGAGCGCUCUGUGGACCUAUGAGCAGCCCCAUGUGCAGCGGUCUGACAUGAUCAGUCUAAAGUUUCGGAUGUCCAACUUUGGCCUUCGCCAGCAUCAGUGGCUCACGCACACUUGGAACACAUUUCAGACACAGUUCGAGUGCUGCGGUGUGAUCUACUUCACGGAUUGGCUGGAGAUGACGGAGAGGGAGUGGCCUCCCGACUCGUGCUGCUCCAAUCAGUAUCCAGGAUGCGCCCGGCGCGCCCGCCAGCACGACCUCAGCGAUCUCCAUCAAGAGGACAUGAGAAAAUUAUGAUGUGAAUGAUGAUGGCAUGAAUGAAAUGGCUCAUCAUGUCAUGUCAUGACAAUGAGAAGAUGACAUGAGAACGAGACAAUGUCAUCCGAAUAGCAGUGCAGUGACACGGUGAUAUGAGAAUGAGAUGACGCGAUGACAUCACGGCACGAGAAUGAGAUGCGGACCCGAGAAUGACGGCCGGCGUGGACUUUCUGGCCCGCAGGGCUGCGGACCAAAGCUGCUGUCGUUCAUCCGCUCCAGCGUGCCGCUGCAGCUGCUGCGCUUCCUGGGCGUGGCCCUGGGCGUGGCCCAGAUCCUGGCCAUGGCGCUGACCCUCACGCUGCUCUGGACCAUUUACUACGGGCG